AUGCCCGCAACAACGUCCCCCGCGCAGCUACGACGGGUCGGCGCCACGGAGGACUGCGAAGCAAUUCUCAAGAUACUCCGUCAGGAUGGUGGUGUCAUCAUCGAGGGCCUCGUCACUGGCGGCAAGGUUCAUCAAAUAAACCAAGAGAUGCAGUCCGCCAUGGAUGAGCUCGCAGAAGGCUCUCGUGUGCCAGAUGACUUUGUGAAGGAGUUCCAUGGAUACAACACCAAGAGAUUAACGAACCUGGUGAUGCACAGCAAGAGCUUCCGGGAGGAUCUCCUGAACAACGAAUUGAUCCAUCAGCUAUGCGAGGGGGUCUUCAAGGAGGACGCUGGCUCCUACUGGAUGAACUCGGCGCAGGUAAUAGAAGUCGGACCCGGAAGCAGGGCUCAGUACCUGCACCGCGAUCAGCUGCAGUACCCGAUCUUCAUAACCGCCGGCCCCAACGCGCCGGAGGCUGUCAUCAACUUUAUGGUGGCCAUGACUGACUUUACUGUCGAGAACGGCGCGACGCGAGUCAUCCCGGGGAGCCAUAAAUGGAACGACAUGACGUAUCAUGGCACCCCAGAGGAGAGUGUGCCAGCGGAAAUGAAGGCGGGCGACGCUUGCUUCAUGAGUGGAAAGGUGGUCCACUGCGCCGGCGCCAACAUGACCAAAGACUUCAAGAGAAGGGGGAUUGCCAUGACGUUCCUACCUUCGUACCUCACGCCUGAAGAGGCAUACCCUUUUCUCGUGAAGAAGGAGAUUGUUGAAACGCUCAGCAAGAGGGCGCAGAGUGUACUGGGGUUCCGCACCCAAUUUGUGAAGGACAGCCCUGGGGUGUGGAAGUGCAACUAUAGCGACUCGGACGAUACCUUGCAUAGUGCGAGGUGGGAAGCCGAUGGCCACUAG